AUGGAGGGUCAGGAGGAAACCAGUGCAGAGGAGGAAUACCAGACGCCGACGUGGGAAAGCGGAGUAGAGCAGGAAGAAGAGAUGCUGGUCUGUGAAGGCGUGGAGGACUGGAACGGCUUUAUUUCAGGAGGAGCCACAGCAGGAGGAGCAGAGCAAGAGGAGGUGGUGACUGAAUGGAGACCUGGGGAACCCGUUGGCCCACAACACGUCUUAAGGCUGAACAGCUACACCAAAGAGUACCUGUGUUCACUGGAGGACAACAUCUACAAUGUGAACUUCUCGCGCUUCAAGAUCAGGGAUGUGGUCAGUGGGGCUGUCAUCCUGGACAUCAAAAAACAUCAGCCGACAGAAAUUCAAGACAUCAUUGAGCUGGACACCAACAGAUUCAUCCGGUAUCACUUCUCUCCUGCGUUUCUGACCCUCAGAGAAAUAGGAGCCACGUUGGAGUUCACGGUUGGCAGCAAAGCACUGAACCGCUUCCGUCUGAUCGAGAGGCAUUUCUUCAGAAACCUCCUGCUCAAAACCUUUGACUUUGAGAUCGGGUUCUGCAUCCCGCACAGCAGAAACACCUGCGAGCACAUCUACUGCUUGCCUGACCUGGAACCAAACAUUGUUGAGGAAAUGAUUGGAAACCCGUUCGAGACGCGCUCGGACAGUUUUUACUUUGUCAACAACAAGCUGAUCAUGCAUCACAAAGCCGAGUAUUCCUUCACCGCUGGAAUGGACCCAUCCAGCGGAUAA